GCCAGCCAGACUUUAAUAAAAUGAGAGGUAGCACCUUUUGCAGAUGGAGUCAAAAACCUGAUGACCAGCUGAAUUGAUCGUUCCUGUACAAACCUAGCAGGGAAACUGUAGACAAUGUCAACUUUUUGUCAGUGAGGAGCAUUUGGGGAAAUGAGCUAAUUUUCCAGUUUUUUUCAAAUUAAUUGUGUGCAUAAACACAAAAAAAUGGUGCAAUUUGCAGAGCCGGAACCUCCAAAGCCUUCGGAAAGGCCCAAGGCUCGCCAACAGGGUUUGGAUCAGCUGGGGAAAAGAAUCGUCCGAUGGUGGGAAAAGGAAAGCAUCCAAUAUGCUUUCAACAUUCCACAAGUGCGAACCAGAAUCGAAAAGCUGAUGGGAAUCAACUAUGUCAGUCUCACAGACAGGAAUUAUAUGCAAAAGUUGCAGGAGCGGAUUCUUGAAGAUUAUGAAGAACAAAUGCAGAAAAGAAUCAAAGUGCGACAAGAAGAAGAGAUGGAAAGAGUGAAAAAUCUGGUUCUGGCAGGCAAAAUUCCAUUGGAUCAAGCACCACCUGAAAUGGCGCAACAUCCCAUUAUGCUUAUUGAGAACUACUGCAAUCAAAAAAUUGCGGAAAGAAGAGCAAAGAUCAAAAUCUACAGAGUGAAAAUUCCGACUUACCUCUACUGGGACGACACUCCAGAUCCCCCAUCCGGACUUUCCAUUGAAUCUGGACACGUUUUCAGGCAGCAGGGCGAGAAAUUGUGCCACCCUGUUGAGCUUCAUUUGGGCGCAUCUCAAGACGAAGACAUCGAAAAUGGCUACUUAAUGGGCAGCGAACAGUACGAUAACAUUAAAUACGAAAGUUCCUUGGUGAAGCGAUUGAUGGCUUGUGAGACUGUAGAAGAAAUGUAUGCUCUAGCGGAUGAUAUCAUCGGCGUAUUGAAGACCAUAGAUGAUUCUAGUAGAGUUCCAGAAGAUAAUAUAUCUGAUACUCUGGUGAGUGCUACUUAGAAGAACUCCAGAAGCACUCAAGGAAUCAGUUGUAUGCUUUUUUCUACUAAAAGUGAGCGAAGAUGCAGACGAUAUUUAGCCACCUAAAUCUACCAUCUUGUAUGUUGAACUUGAUUAAAUGUUUUUCUAAUCUACACUUAA